CUCUUUCACAUAAAUGAGAAAACAAGAGGCAAAUUAUUAUUUUUUGUUUCCUGUUUUUUAGGGUACCCUGGGAGAGGGAGAGGCAACUUAGAAGUCACUCUGAUUUGAAGUUGGAAAUUAGAAUUAGAAGCGGCGAAGGCAGCAGCAAAGCAGAAGAUGAGGGUGGGUGCAGUUGCAUCCUCUUUACCUCCCAGUGGUCCAUUCUUGAAACUCACAAAGGCUGUCUUUCACUUUCACUUUCACUUUCCCUUGAGGAUUGCCCCGCGACUUCCUUCUGCUUCCCAGAAUCCCAAAUGCUUUGUUGCCGUUUUGCAAUCCAAGAGGCUGAACCAGAAGAAGAGGAAGAAGAAUGGGAAAUGUGAGGGUCUCAGAUGUGACUGUGCUAGUUCUGCAAACGGAAGUGGCACAGAGGCUUAUGAUGAUGACUUUAUUGUUGUGAAUUUCUACAAGUUUGUGUUCAUUUCAGAUCCACAGGGGGAGGUUUCCAGGCACCUCUCCUUCUUGCAGGGCCUUGACAUCCAUGGUCGAAUAUAUUUGAAUGAGCAGGGAAUUAACGCACAGUACAGCGGGCCGUCAAAAGUUGCUCAUGCAUAUGUUGAAUGGUUGAGAGACGACCACAAAUUUUCUGAUGUAUUUGUUCAGGUUUCUCCCGCUUUAAAUGGUCAUGCCUUUCCAGGACUUAGGCUACGGUAUAAGCCCUCCCUAGUUCAGCUGGAAGGAGGUACUUCACAUCUGCCAUUGCUUGACCCUUCAAUGCAAGCUACACCUCUAGCAGCGACUGAAUGGAGGAAAAGGUUGGAAACAGUUCCCAAGAAUGAUGAUGCAUCAAAUGGAACUAUGAAUUAUGUUCUAUUGGAUGUGAGAAAUGGUUAUGAAUGGGAUAUUGGUCAUUUUCAAGGUGCUCAGCGACCUGAUGUGGAGUGCUUUAGAAGUACUUCAUUUGGGCUAUCCGAGUCACAGGCCAUUGCUCCAGAUCCUUUGGCCCAUGUCAACAAAGAAGAAACAGAUAUCUUGAUGUAUUGUACAGGAGGCAUCCGAUGUGAUGUGUAUUCAGCAAUCCUUAGACAAAAAGGGUUCAAAAACUUGUACACGUUGAAGGGAGGUGUGUCUAGUUACCUCAAGAGUGAAGGUCCAGUUCAUUGGAUUGGGAAUUUGUUUGUCUUCGACUCUCGCCUUUCUCUCCCACCUUCUACCUACAAGCCUGAAGCUAUAACUGAAACAGACUGGACUGAACAAAUAUAUAAGGAUACGACAUUUGCUAGAUGCUACAUAUGUGGCUCACAGGUCGGUCAUCUCAAGCAUCGGAACUGUGCAAAUCCUGAUUGCAACCUGCUCUUUCUAUGCUGUGCAAAAUGUGUGAAUGAACUAAGAGGAUGCUGCUGUUUGGACUGCACAGCCGCCCCUCGGCUGAGGCCAGUUUUGCCCAGCAAUCAAAGAUAUGGACGAUGGCAUAUCUAUCGAGAUAUGCACUUGUGAAGCUGGUUAUAGAUAGCUUGAUUGUUUUGAAGUCGCUAUUCAUCUGCAGCCAAGUCUUCUGGCUAUGAUUAAGCUUGCUUUCUUGAGUGAAGGAUUCUCAGCAGCAUUUGCUAAUGAAAUAUUCAUUGUAAAUUAUUUAGAAACUUUAUCCUGGAGCUUUAAGUUGUAUGGGCAUCCGCCUGAAGCUUCCAAGCUUCGAAUCCAUCUUUUCAGAAAACAGUGGUUAUGUGAAUGCAUAGUCCACAAUUGCUCAA